ACAGGGGAGAGGCUCUUUGAUUGCAGUGAGUGUGGGAAAACCUUCACUUGCAGCUCAGCCAUUUCUGUUCAUCAGAGAAUCCACACAGGGGAGAGGCCGUAUGAAUGCCGUGAGUGUGAGAAAAGCUUCACUUGCAGCUCAGCCUUUUCUGUUCAUCAGAGAAUCCACACAGGGGAGAGGCCCUAUGAAUGUCAUGAGUGUGGGAAAAGCUUUAUUACCAGCUCAGACCUUUCUAAACAUCAGAUAAUCCACACAGGGAAGAGGCCCUAUGAAUGUCAUGAGUGUGGGAAAAGCUUCUCUAGCAGCUCAAGCCUUUCUAAACAUCACAAAAUCCACACCGGUGAGAGACCUUAUAAAUGCAGUGAGUGUGGGAAAACCUUCAAUCACAGCUCACACCUUCUUACCCAUCUCAGAAUCCACAUAGGUAUGCGACCCAAUGGAAGCAGUGAGUGUGGGAAAACCUUGUCUUGCCACUGAGCCCAUGUGAGCCAUCAAAGAAUCUGCAAGAGGGAUCAACACCAUAAAAACCUCUAGGGCUAUCAAUACUUUAAUACUUUUCCUGAUUCCCACUUUUAAAAGCUGUUUGAAGCACCGAUAUCCCUCAGCUUGUCCAGAUGAGUGAGUGGCCUAUUUUUGCAUUUUGCAGUUUGACCUCUUUGAGGUGGACUCAUUUAUCCUUUCUAUCAACUCCAUUCUCCCAUAAGUAAUUCAAGUGUGCCCUUCCUAUCAGGAACCAGGGAGCAUCACAUUUAUACCAUUCCUCCUAUUGCAAAGUUAUUGUUAGAGUCACCAGUGU